GCACCACGACCAACAUGUCUGCGCCCUUAGCAAGGUGGUAAAGGAGCUGCGUUAUUGCAAGCAAGCGUUAACAAGCAUUUUAUUGAUAGUUUGAAGAAAGUUAAUGAAUAAAUUAAGUCGUGUUUUGACCACAGCAAUGUCUCCGACAAGAGGGAUACACUCACGGUAGCUUUCAAUCGUUUUACUAGCGCUGCGAUACUUUUUCUUUACUCUGUCAGUGAUGUUAUUAUGUUUUCCAGUCGAACCUAGUUAUAAUUACAACAUUUCAACUGAGCUUUCUUGUUUUAUCAGUUCGUGUUGCAGCCGAAACGCUAAAUGUAUGUUUGAAUUUUGAGACUUUUUUGGCUAUAGCUACUGAAAACGUAGUUUGACUUUUAAAAAAGUAAGUUUUAUCAAACUAAGGUGUGUGUACCGCCACUCCCCACCACACACACACACACACACACACGCUUGCAGAAUUUAAGGUGUCGUCUUUUUGUACACCUUGACCUCUAAAAACACAGAUGUGGAGCAUUUAGGGGGGGGGGGGCUAUAUAACAGCAUGCUCCAAAGGCAGACAAAUUCAGAUACAGACUGCUUCACUGUUACAGAAAGAGAGAUUAGGUAAAGUGUACAAUGGCUUCCAGGAGAUUUGUAAGCCUUCUCUCUAGAAGAAGUGAGUGGGCACCCCGCUUCCGAAAUCCUGGCAAAACUGUUUGCAAGCAUUCCACUCAUCAGUACGUAAGGAACCAAAGGCUUCUUCAUACGGCUAAACCGGUCAUGAUGAUGAAGCUGCUGUCGGUGGAUGAGCUAUUCGCCAAAACAUCUCUGCAGGAGCACCUGAAAAAGGUGGAAGAAGAGUACGACGAGUGUUUACAGGCAGUCACUUACAGUGGCGCAGAAGAUGAGCGCAGUGAGGAUGACAUGAAGGCCAGGAGAACCAAAGUAUCCCUGCUGGCUCCUCUCAUCCAGAGCAUCCGAGAGCUGGACAAGAAGCAAAAAGAGGUCACGGAUACGGAGACGCUCCUCAAAGAUGAUGAUGCGUCGCUACGAGAACUGGCUGAGCUGGAAAAAGAAAGUUGUCUGCAGGAUAUUCAAGAUCUGAGACAAAAGAUUUUGGAGCUACUGAUCCCCGAGGAGGAGGUCGACAUGAGCGACCUCGUUCUGGAAGUCACAGCGGGGGUCGGUGGUCAGGAGGCCAUGCUGUUCACCGCUGAGAUGUUUGACAUGUACGAGGGCUUCGCUCAGUACCACGGCUGGUCCUUCGACGUACUGGAGCACAUGCCAAGUGAUUUAGGCGGACUGCGGCACGCGUCAGCCAGCAUCAGCGGCCCGCACAGCUACAAGAAGAUGAAGUUUGAGGCCGGAGUUCAUCGAGUUCAGAGGGUUCCCAAGACUGAAAAACAGGGAAGGAUGCACACUAGCACCAUGACUGUGGCUGUGCUGCCCCAACCUACCGAGAUUUCUUUCACCAUGAACCCAAAGGAUCUGAGGAUAGAGACAAAAAGAGCGAGUGGAGCUGGCGGUCAACAUGUCAACACAACAGACAGCGCAGUCAGAAUAGUCCAUCUUCCAACAGGCUUGGUUGCAGAGUGCCAACAGGAGCGUUCCCAGCUGAAGAACCGGGAGAAAGCCAUGAAGGCUCUGACAGCAAAACUGUACAGCAUGAAGCUGGAGGAAGAAACCAGCAAGCGCUACAACCAACGCAAAGUCCAAGUCGGCACCAAAGGCAGAUCGGAAAAGAUCCGGACCUACAACUACGCCCAGGACCGCGUGACGGACCACCGCAUCAGCAUGACGGUGCACGACGUCAGGGGCUUCCUGUUGGGGGAGGACCUGUUGAACGAGAUGAACUCCUCGCUGCAGGAAUUCUCCGAUCAGGAGACGCUCAUGGAGCUGCUGGAAGAGGGCAGCCAGGAGGAACCAUGAGCAUGGCCACAGAUGGAGAGGAAACGUUUUAAUGCAACACUGGGAUCUUGAUCACUUGUACUCCACCUUGAAUUCUCAUUAAUAUUUGCCACUGUGCAUUGAACUGAAGUUGAAGUAGCUUCUUCAUAUUGAAAGACUGUAGACCUUGACUACAUGGAUUUGUACAAGUGAAAAGUUAUCAUUUUUUUAAAGGCUUGUCAUGAUUUUACUUUCAAGUUUUUCCAAAUUGUCUACUAGGUAAGUGAAAGUGGUAGCUGUUGUUUUGACUUCAUGAUUAUGAAAUACUGAGUGAAGGAUGAAACUCGUUUUCUUGGCAGAACAAAUGUAACAUCAUUUGAUAAAAGGUCCCUUUAUGA